AAAGCCUCUCUCCUUUUCUUCUUCUCUCAGGGUUCAGAAUUGUUUCGGAACUUAGAUUCCUCCCUUCUUUCAGAGUUCAGGAUUGUUUCAGAACUUAGAUUUCUCCCUUUCUCUCAGAGUUCAUGAUUGUUUAGGAACUUAGACGGGGAAUGAUACACCGUUACUUAUCAAUGAGAAUGUUGUGUAUUCAUCAUUUGUAGUUGAAGGAGCAGGAAUUGCUCUACACACUUAAUUAGGCGGUCUCUUAAUUGCUGAGCAUCAUAAUAUAGCAUUAGAAAAGCUGCAGACUUAUCGUAAUUUCUACAUCAAACAAAUUGAAACACCUACAUAUACAUAAUCCAAGCAGUGCCGAGUAACUUUUUCACAUGCAGAAAACAUCUUUAACAUUCCUAGAUUGAACACGAACCCAACAAUUGAAAGAUACAACAAAACCUGAAUUUUGUGCUUGUAGAAUAGCCCAGUCCUCUAGGAAUAUAAAUGGAAGGCCUGAAGAAAAGACAAUUUCAUGAACGAAAGUACCAAUGCAAGGAAGGUACAAGCAGUUGAAAUUUGAGAUUAACCACAGAAAAUUAAAACUAAACCACCACGCAGGUGGACUCAGAAGCAUAGAAUCAGAAUCUCAAGAUACAAAACAGAAUUAAUUGUAGAAGAUCUCCAAAAAAGACAGUUGAACGAGAUUGCAGGGGCUAGGAACUGCUGAUCACGAAGAGAGAGGGGAACGGGAGACAGUCGACUAAAACCUCGUCUACCUGACUAAUCCUUUCCUUUUCAUUUCAUAGCAGAGACUUGAUCAUCCAUCCGUUGUUUAUUCUCCUUCUGCUACAUCGGCAUCUGCUUCUGUGCUUGUCCAUGAGAACCACAAACUUGCGCCUGCACGCUUAAAACCUUCACAGAAGAGAUACUAUAUGUGGUCCUCUCAAAGGAUUGCAAGCACGAGAGGGAGGCUUUUGCUGUAUUCUCGAUCUUUCUUUUCAUCAGAUGCCCACAAGGAUCUGGUCUAUGUUGACCUUCCUAGGCCAGCUAGGGACAAAUCUGAAAGGAAGCCAUAUCCAACCCCCAUGAAAGUGCUUAUACAGAGGGCAAAAAUGGAGAAAGAAGCAAGGAAGCUGAACCCUUGUAGGACCCUUGAACCACCUGACAAUGGGUUGCUCAUCCCAGAAUUUGUACCCAUUGCUCAUCAAGUUUAUAAGGCAAGAACCAACCUCCUUGAUGGUCUGUCAAAGCUAUUGAAUGUUGUUGACGUAAAAAGGUGCAGAUUCUGCUCAGAAGUUCAUGUUGGCCGCGUGGGUCAUGAAAUAAGAACAUGUACAGGCCCAAGAAGUGGUCUAAGAAAUGCCAUGCAUGUCUGGACCAAUGGGAAAGUUGAUGAUGUUGUUGGAUUUCCCUUGUUCUUCCAUCUAGAUGAUAGAGCUAAGAAACCAAGAGUUGUACAUGAUGAGAGAUCCACAGUCAAAAGGCUACCUGCCAUUGUAGAGCUCUGCAUUCAAGCUGGAUUAGACCUUCCAAAUUAUCCAACUAUGAGAAGAACCAGGCCUGUCCACUCAAUUGAGGGAAGAAUUGUUGAAUUUGAUGAUGAUUCAGCCUCAAACAAUGACAUAAGGGAUGAGGUCAGCAUGGAUCUCCCUGGUAGUGAAUGUCUUGAUUCUGAAGAACUUACAGGUGACAAUGCUGAAUUGAUGUGCAUCAAGACUUUAGAGUCUUGGUUCACAAUGAAGAAUGGAGCAGAGGAACUUAUGAAAAAGUUUUCUGUCCAGACUUGCGGGUAUUGCCCUGAGGUCCAAGUUGGUCCUAAAGGGCACAAGGUGAGGAUGUGUAAAGCUGCUAAACACCAGUUUCGGCAAAUUUCACUGAGCUAUGUGAUUUUAUUAAGGUCAAAAUUACGAAUCACAUGCGUUGAUGGAUAAUUGAUGAAAUGAAGAGCAUGAUGCAAGUUGGCUAAAUAUUUCAUCAAUUACGUGGGUCUGUCGUUUGAUGGUUAGACCGGUUUUGCAUGUCACGUACUGUAAGUUAUGUUACGGAAUGUAACCAUGAAGACAACAAUAUGA